AUGCCUCGGGCCGGCUCUGCUCACAGUCCCACUACAGGACCAUCUGCAUCUGGACCGGAGCGCAGGCACAUUUCGCCCGUAAAGGUGCAGUGGGGUGGCAAAAACCAAACAGGGGCAGGCACAACGAUUGGUGAAGAAGUCGAACAAGUCAACAGCUUUUUGUCCCGUGUGGCUCUAACUACAAAAUACAUGAGUAAGGCUGCACGAGUAGAUAUGAUCACAUUGCAUGCCAGAGGAUGGAAUGAGCGAAAAAAAAGAAACCUGCACAAGUACUUGUCUACACGGUACUUGAAGACUUCAUGUGAUGAGAAUAUCAGCGAUGCCGAUAGAAUAUAUCGGGAAUGCCAGCAGAGCGGACCACUUUGUUUUUUUGACUGUGUCCCUCCAGCUGGCAUGAACCAUUGUUUAAAAAUCGGCGAGGGGACAUGUGCAGAGGUCUUCUCGAUUUCAAAUGGUUCUAAUGAGGCCAUCGCUCUCAAAAUCAUCCCUGUAGAAGGAAGUCAUCGAGUCAACGGUCAACAUCAGAAAACGUUUCGUGAAAUCCUCCAUGAAAUCAUCAUUUCUAAGCAGAUAAAUAGCCUUAGAAUUAACGAGACGAACAAGACCGAUGGCUUCAUUGGGCUCAACAAUGUACAUUGUGUCCGUGGACGUUAUCCGGACGCUAUGGUCAAAGCCUGGGACAGGUUCUACCGUCGGCAGGGAUCAAAGAAUGUCAGACCUGUCAUAGAUGCAGAGGGCUGGACGGCCAAUCAUCCUCGUCCAGAGGACAUCAUGGCGAAGUGGAGGCCGCUCAGCAGAGCACAGGCGGAGAGUGACCCGGGCAUCAUCAAGGGGGUGACCAGGCAGAAAUGGUCGGGUCUGGCUGUGAAGGCCUUUGGGGAGCAGAAAGGUAUGUACAACUGUCUUAUGAGCACAGUAAAAUCCAUAAAUAAAAUGGAUUUUGCACCAUUUGCAUCAACCCUCCCUCCAGAAUAA